AUGGAGAUUAAGAGUUUACUUCUCCUGUCACCUCUCUUGUUCUGCAUUACCUCCAUCUUGCUUUACAUGGCAAAACGAUCAAUCAACAAGCAGAAGAGGCUUCCUCCGGGCCCCAAAGGCCUCCCAAUUAUUGGGAAUCUCCUCAAAUUAGGUGACAGACCCCACGAGUCCUUAACCAAGUUAGCCAAGAUUCACGGUCCACUCAUGACAAUCAAACUUGGCUGUGUCACAACUGUAGUUGCAUCUUCGACUGAGAUGGCUAGAGAAACUCUCCAAAAGAAUGAUCAAGCUUUCUGGAUGAGGCCAAUCGUGGAUGCAGCAACUGCAGAAACUGAUCCAACGUUCCAUAAUUUGGAUUUCACAAGGUGCACAAUGGCAAAAGCUUCCGAAGCUUUUGAACAGUCGAGUUUUUACCUCACAAAGAUUGGAUGCAUUGCAAGAAUUACGGCGCCAAAUGAUGGAAAACAUGCUUAA